GCCUGGCUGCCACCUGAUUCCGUGGCUGGUGGGAAGGGGUGGGGUUCGGUGCGUUCAGGUUCUAUUCUCGCGAUGAUCUCAUUCUCUUUAAACGGGAGCAAAAUCGCAUACCACUGACAUGUGCUCGCCUCUGUUUUGGCAGUAACGACGUACUGGAGACAGCGCCGCUGGGGGAGCAAGGAUGGGAAAGGAUCAGCACCUGCUGGAGGCGUCGCGCGGCGGCGACAUCAAGGCGGUGGACAAGUUGCUGGAGCACUCGAACAGGCGUUUGGGACCGCUAGCCAGCUUUCGACGCAGUCCGAACAUCAACUGCCGCGACAUGAAUGGCUAUACAUCGCUUCACCACGCCUGCCUCAAUGGUCACAGCAACAUCGUCAUGCUGCUGCUCUCGCACAACGCCCUCCUCGAUGUGCCCGAUAUACGCGGUUCGACGCCACUAUUUCUUGCCGCCUGGGCGGGUCAUCAGGAUAUCGUGAAGAUGCUUCUGAUGCACAGACCGAUGGGCGCCAAUCCCAAUGCCCAGACCAUCGAAAACGAGACGCCGCUGCACUCGGGAGCCCAACACGGCCACAACGUGGUGGUGGGCAUCCUCCUCGCCUACGGCGCCGAUCCCGCCAUCCGCAACAAUAGCUUUCAGACGGCCCUAGACCUUGCCGCUCAAUUCGGUCGACUGCAGGUGGUCCAGACCCUACUUCGCCACUGCCCGGACCUAAUAAUGCCAUAUAAGCGGCCGGAUGAUGUAGAGGGCGAGCUGCUGGGCUGGUCUCCCACCAAGCACAUCUUCACACACACCUGCCUACACCUGGCCAGUCGAAAUGGUCACAAGAAGGUGGUGGAAACCCUGCUGGCAGCGGGCGUCGAUGUAAACAUACUCACCAAUGCGGGCAGCGCCCUCCACGAGGCAGCGCUCUGUGGCAAGAAGUCCGUAGUUGUAGCGCUGCUCCGAGCCGGAAUAUUUGUCCAUGCCACUGAUGGAAAUGGACGCACAGCCCUGGACAUACUCUCCGAUUAUCCGCCGCAUGUGACUUAUGACAUUGUGGGUGCAAUAAAUGAGUUCACCAAUGCCACGAGGGAGCAGCCAAGGCCCAUUGUCGUGGAGAACGGCACACAGUCGCUGCCAAAGCGGCUGUAUGAGAAGAACUCGCAGCGCCAGAAGCAGCCGCCGACCAGGCAAAGGAAAAAGCAAGAUCAAGUCAACGGACUUUCACACUCUUUAAGCUCGCUGGAUGUGUUCACCAAGGCGCCGGAGAACUACCUGCAGAUGAAGCCAAUUUUGCAGCAAAAAUCCUUCGGCGAUGUGAACGAACUCCAGGCGGCGGAAGGCGAUGGCGAUCUCUGGGCCAGCUACAAGCCGGUCUACAAGCAGCCAACACUGCCCAGCUUUCGGACCUGCAGUGACAUCUCCAAUGGCUCGGUUCCAUCGAGAUCCUACGAGUAUAUAAAUCUGCUGAGGAAUGGCUCAGCCAGCGACGAUAACUCAGCCAGCACCAGUAGCAAUUCUGCGGUGCGUCAACAGGCGGUGGCCACAUAUGUGGAAAUGUCGCUGCCAUCUCAGGCACCAGUACCAAAGCCACGCACUCGAAUAAACGGCGGAGAAUACAACGAUUAUGCGAAUCUGGUGCCAAUAGAUGAAGUCGAUGGCAGGUUGCCAACUGUGGACAAUAACAACAAUAGUAACAGUAGUAACAAUCAUGGUAAAACCACCAUCAAAUUAAGAACUGUCCGCCACUCACCCACACCGGAUUAUCCACCGCCCACGGUCACCGAGGCGGAGCACACAAUCUUUAACUUCAUUCAGCCGGUGGUUACCUUGCGCAAAAGCAGCUUGCUGGAAGCGAGUGAUUCACCACGAACGGCUAACUCCGCCAGCUCCGAUCAGGUGGAAGAGUUUGUGGCCGAUAUACCAUUCGGUGGCCUCUUCAAGGGAUCAACUUUGAACUUGGCCCCAGAUAUGACAGAUGGCAGGGCAGGCUCAGUGGCGGCGGAUCGAGAAUUUCUUCGCUCGCCCAGCAUGGUACGAUCGGCGCACGCACUCAACCAUCGCCGCAGCUUGUCCAAGCAGCGCUACUCUGCGCUGGGCGAAGAUUUCAGUGCUUCUCGGGUGUGGGCUGAGAUCGACACCAUAUUCGAAAACAUCGGCAACGAAGUCUCGACCAACGAGGAGCACGAGCAGGCGCAACAGGAGCCACAGAGCCUGACUGCAGGCGGAGAGGACUCGCGGCAAUCGCUGCAUAUACGGGACCCAGCGGAACUGUUGCUGGGCAAGAAACAGAGUUCCACGUCCAACUGGUGCCACUCGCCUUAUACACUGAUCUACGGCGAGAUACGAUACUCUCUGUUUUAUCUUGGCUCGACGGUAAUACGACAAUUGCAGGGAACACUUUCAACACGAAAGUCCAUCCAGAAACUGAAGAUCGAUGAGGAGAACAUGAAGUCGGCGGCAAGUGUCAGCGAUUUUAGUUUACUCGAGAACUGCACCACUUCCACAAAGUAUCUAAAAGCGGCCAAUCUCCAGACGCGUCUUAACGUGGACAUCGCAGUCUCCUGCGUUGGCGUCAAGUUCAUAGACCAGGAGAAAAUGAGUGCCAUUUGUUGCCAUGAUAUUGAGAAUAUCAAUUGCGUUUGCCAGGACUCGGAAGAUUUGCGCUACUUUGCCUACAUAACCAAAGAACAGGAACUGCACUAUUGUCACGUCUUUAUGGUGGAUAGUUUGGACCUAGCUAAGGAAAUAAUUCUGACCCUCGGGCAGGCCUUUGAGGUUGCCUACCAGCUCGCUCUCAGCAGACAGAGUACGCCCCUAAUCGAAGAGUGCUAAGCCACAAGCAUGUGCCACAAAUGUUUAUUAUUUAAUUUAUUGCAUUUUACAUGUAAAUGUAUUUUUCAUUUGCUAGUCGUUGAUGCCAUUUCGAUGUUGGCUAUGCUUCGCAUAAGGCAGCAUGCUCACAUGUUAAAGUAUUUAGAGAGAGUUUUUUUUUUUUGUAUUUUUAAUACAUUUUUAAAAUGUUUGUAGACGCAAUAAAAAACCAAUGGCUUAAUUUA